GACUCGGGCUCCUGAAAUCUUAGGGCCGGUCCUGGUUUCAGCUCUUUUUUAAACGUGUUAUGAUUCAACUUCGCGGUUGAAAUCGUGAUUCUAGGAUUCGAAAAACACAACCUCCUGGUCCUCGAAUUUAUCAUCAGAAACAUGUAGAAUCAUUGAUGAUGGAAAAUGAUCCCAAGAAUGACCAGCUAAGGCUAAAGAUAACCACGUGUGACGAUCUUUCUAUGCUAUUAAUUAUAAAACAAAAAUACUCGAAUUAGAAGAAGAAAGAAAUGGAUAAAAUUGACCAAUGUUCCCCGAACGACUAUAAACGAAAAAAAAGAUUGGAGCGCAAACUUCAAUUCGAUCAAGCAAUUUCGAAGGCAAAUACGAUUAGAACUUUAUCCGAAACUCAAGACUAUUUGAAGGAAAGAAAAAUUUUCGAUAUAUUCCAUUUCCUUCUCGGCCAUUUGAUCGUUCAUCGACCACCAAAUCCUAUCGAGUAUUUGUAUCAACUCCUCGACGAUUGUAUAUUAUUCAGAUCAGGAUUUAAAGGGCCACGAUUAUUUUGGAUGGAAAGACACAUCGAGGCGGUAUUCCAAAAGGUCAGUACCGGUACCCCGAAUUUUCUGUCGGAAAAUCGUUACAAAACUGCAAUGAAAAUUUUGGGUAUACCCUAUCGUAAUAUUUGUCCCGAGGAACGUGCGCCAGGACACGUAGACAAGGAAACAUUUUGCGCGGAGGCAUUGAACAGCAUGGAAAAUGAAUUCGCUCGUAUCAUAAGGCCAGCUAAUCGACGCGGGUCCCCCGAUUGCGUCUGCGACACGUUCGACGUAUAA